ACUGGCAUCUUCACUCUUAUUUCGUACUUGUGAAUUCUGCUGCAUUUUUCCAUUAUCAAAAGCAAAGUUAAAGUUUUCAUUUUCAUUGAAUCUAAAUUAAUGAAUAAUAAUAUAAAUAAUACUAUAACAAAUAAUACCCACAUGCAGACGAACACUUUUCUGGAUUUUUUUUACAGAAAAAGUCGUGUUUAAAAAAACAAUACUUUGCCUCUUUGAUAUUGCGUAGACGUCAUUUAAUAUAGUAAAUGCUCGCUGAAAUGUAAGUUUAUUGCUUUUGUGGCUGCAAAAUGAUACAAUAUUAAUUCAUACGUACAUUUUGUUUGCUCAAAAUCAUUAAUCUCAUUUUUUCUCCAUAGUUAUACUUAUAUUAUCCGUAUAAGCAACAUUUUUUUUCAAGUUUCAAAUAUCAGAGCUACCAAUAAACAUAUCUAAGUAAAUUUCAUAGUUCAUACGUAAAAAUGCAUUAGUUUUCACCUCGCAAUAAAUUCUCUAAUCUAUACGAUAAAAGAAAUGAUAAGAAAAAUUUCACUCUUCCAUUUGAAGUAGAUCAAAUACAAUGCAUCUAUGUGUUGAUAGUAUAUCGGCGUAUCGCGCUAAUCAUUCAAGUAUUCGAUUCGAUAUGUUGCCCCCACUGGUUUAUUUUGUCUGCUAGACUACGUGUCCCGUUGUCUCGUAUAUACUGGCAAAGUGGCAGCAGCAGCACAACAAAAGACGACAGCGGGCAGACAGCUCAUUUUUUGUGUGCAUUUAACCAUCGUCCCGAGUUCUUUAUUUUUAAUUUUUUUGCUGUAUCAUGACGUUAAAGUAGUCAAAAAUUCAUCGUACCUGUUCGCAACUUCGAUUUAAAAUGGCUUGUAUCGACGAGAAGUUCGACGACUGCUUAGACAUCAAAGACGACGCCAGUGUAGCAAAACAACCGGAAUUCGAAGCUCUGUACACGGCUAGUCCGGUUGAAAGUCUUAUCAGCAAAGAAGACGUUGAAAAGAAGGUUCUUGCUCUCAAAUAUGUCCUUGAAAAAGAUCUCAAAGCUGCUGAUCUCAAAUGGUCCCUCUUUGUUGCUGCCUGUCAUACUUACCGCACUGACACCUGCCUCAGACCUUUUCCCCCAAUGUACAUGAAGAACGACACUAAAGAUAUCGACUCACUAAGGAGAGUUGUAGAGCUUGUACCACCAUUGCCAAUAAUAGCUCAAGAAUUAAGAGAACCCAAUAUUUACAAAAGUAAGUCUGAUUUCAUAGAGUUGCUGUACUGGGUUUUAUUAAAACUAGGAGAUUUACACGUCAAAAGUAUCAGUAAAGACUGCCAUGAAUCUGUGUUAAAAAGAGUAAACUCAGAGGUAGCUGUUGCAGCCCCUAACUUGGUAUUUCAAGUAGCAAGUGCCAAACAAUCUGCUAACGAAGAAAGGUGGAGAGAAUUAGCCAAGGGACGUUCUACCUUUUUUGCUUUUCAUGGAAGCAGAUUAGAAAAUUUUCAUUCUAUUUUACAUUAUGGUUUGCAGCAACAUAUGUGCAAGGAAGCUUUAUUUGGUGAAGGUAUUUACCUGUCUAAUGAACUAGCAGUCAGUUUACCCUACAGUCCAGUUGGUUAUGGAUGGGGUGGCAGUAUAUUAGGCAGUGAUAUGAGUUGUGUUGCAUUGUGUGAAAUUAUCAAUCAUCCAGAAGUAAAAAUUGGCACUGAAGAUAAUAGUUCAAGAAAUAUGACAAUAGAAUCCACUGGCAGUAAAGUGCCUAACAAAUACUGUCUUGUAACAAACAGUGAUCUUGUCAAAAUUCGGUAUCUUUUGGUAUACAGUCAAGAAUUUGGACGUUUAAGAUCGACCCGCAAUAAUAGAGUUUUAGAAUGGUUAAGACAACACAAACUGUUAACUUUCAUGCUGGGCUAUGUUGUACUACUUGCUUCUGUUGGAUUAUCUCAUAACAGAAAUGUUGAAAGAUACUUUAGGCUCUUAAUGCGAAGGUUUGGUCUAGACUGAUAAAAG